GUGCUUAGCCUGCUGAUCACUGCCCUGAAGCGACUGGAGUAUCGUGGCUAUGACUCCGCGGGCGUGGCGGUCCACGGGGAUCCGCUGAAGCUGAGGAAGAAGGAAGGAAAAGUUAGCAACCUCGAGGCGGCUUGCAGCAGCGGCGGCCUCGAGGGCACCUGCGGCAUGGCCCACACGCGCUGGGCGACUCACGGGAAGCCCUCCGACGUCAAUUCCCAUCCGCACGUUUCGCAGGACAAGAGCGUCGCCGUCGUCCACAACGGCGUCAUCGAGAACUAUCAGGCACUGAGGCAGCAACUCAUCAUGAAGGGCUACGAGUUUGUGAGCCAGACGGACACUGAGCUGCUUGCGCAUCUGGUGUACGACAUGCGGAAAGAGAUGGGGCCCAAGGACAGGUGGAGCUGGGCUCAGGUGGUGGCCGUGGCCCUGCAGCAGGUCGAGGGCGCGUACGGCCUGGUCUUCCUCUUUCAGGACGAGCCAGACCUGCUCAUCGGCGCGCGCAAGGGCUCGCCGCUGGUCCUAGGCGUCGGGCAGGGUGAGCACAUGCUCGCGAGCGACGCGUCGGCCAUCAUAGAGCACACGAAGGACGUCGUGUACAUAGAGGAGGGCCAGCUGGUCGAGGCCGGGGGGGGCGGGUUCGAGGAGGGUGCGCGGGCGUGCCCUGCACGGCGCCGUGGGCUGCGCGCGGCUGCCUCGUCGGUGGACACGCCGCAGCGCGUGCCUCGAGGCGUGGUGGCAGGACUCCCGGACGAAGACAGCAAGCAGAGCCGUCUAGAGAUGGCGGCAGUGGUGGACAAGUGGGAUGUGAAGCAGAUGGAGUCCGGAGACAAGGCGUGGUCGCAGCGGACAGGCCCAGAGAAGGCUCUCUUCGUGAUCAUCCAGGUGCUGAAGGUGGUGACGGCGGUGGGGCUUCUCUACAUCUUCCUCAUCUCCCUCAGCAUGAUGGGCGACGCGUUCACCGUCAUCGGUGGCCCCACCGCCGGCGCGGUCUUCCGGAACAACGCCAUCUUCGACAACCCGUUCGCGGGUUGCUCCCUCGGGAUCCUGGCGACAGUGCUGGUGCAGUCAUCGUCGACCAGCACCUCCAUCAUCAUCACGAUGACUGCGGCAGGCCUGAUCGAUCCCAAGAACGCCGUUUACAUGAUCAUGGGGGCGGACAUCGGCACAUCCGUCACCAACACAAUCGUCAGCAUGUCCCACAUGGGCGACGUGAACCAGUACCGCCGGGCGUUCGCGGGCGCAACGGUGCACGAUUGCUUCAAUCUGCUGACAGUGUCCAUCUUGCUCCCGCUCGAGUACUUCACCCACAUGCUCUAUCACAUCGGCAGCGCCCUUGUCGAGUCCGGAGUGGAGUGGUUGCGGGCCGCGGACGAAACGUACUUGGAGAACAUCAAGCGCUCGACCAUGAGGGGGCCGCUCCGGCUACCGGAGCCGGCGCGCAGACUUCCUGUCCUUGUCGAGUCCGCCGGCAUCGAGGAGGACCAGGAGGCGAAGGAGAAAGUCGACUUCAUCAAGGUGCUCACGAAGCCGGUCACCUCUCGCCUGAUCUCUGUAAACAAGAAGUUGGUGACCAAGGUCGCACAGGCGUGCGACCAGGACACGCUGGGCGACCUGCUGGCACAGUCGAUCAUCCAGAACAAGCGCACCCAGGACAACCAUAUGUUCCUGGACACGCCCCUGAGUGACGAGGGGGCUGGGUGGCUGCUGCUGGUCAUCUCCCUGGUGAUGCUGUCCACCGCGCUUAUCCUCCUGGUCAAGCUGCUGCGGGCGAUCUUUCGGGGCCGCGCCGCGAUUUGGAUGCAGGGGCUGCUGAAUCUGGAGUUCAAGACGGUGCCCUUUGUGGCCGACUACAUCCUUAUCCUCUUCGGUGUGGGCAUCACUAUCCUCACGCAGAGCAGCAGCAUCACCGCCUCGACGCUGACGCCGCUCGUCGGAAUCGGCCUGAUCAAGCUUGACAAGAUGUCCCCGUUCACCGUCGGCGAGAACGUGGGCGCCACCGUCACGGGCAUGCUGUCAGCGCUGGCGGGCUCGAACGUCGCGACCGGCAUGACGGUGGCGUUUUCGCGCCUGUUCUUCAACCUCAUCGGCGCUUUGAUCUGGUUCCCGAUUCCUGCCAUGCGCGCCGUGCCGCUCACCAUGGCCAGGGCGCUGGGUAGCAUGGCCGCGGACGUGCGCUGGUUCCCCCUCGCCUACAUCAUCGCCGUCUUCGCGGUCAUUCCGGGCCUGCUCCUGGGGCUGUCCCUGAUGCAUUGGGCGGCACUCGUGCUCGUGGGCCUUCCGCUCCUGCUCCUGCUGAUCGCUGGCUCCUGCGUCUUCGGCAUGCGCGCCUGCCGCCCGGAGCGGCUGCCCGCGGUGCUCAAGAAGGACUUCUCAUUCAUGCCGCCCAGCAUGAAGAUGGCCUCCGCGGACGGCGAGGCUCGGUCCGCCGCGGUGGAGGAGUCGAAGAUCGGCAGCACCGACAUCGGCGGCGCGAGGCAGUGGUGGCUGGCGCCCUGUGCCUACGGGCUCGGCUGGCACUCGAUCAUGGUGCUGCUGAUGGCGGUGCCGAACGCCAAGUGGUGCGACGUGAAGUACGCGUCCUUCGACGCCCGAGACCACGUCGGCAUCGGCGCCUGGAGCGCGUGCUCCGCCAUGUUUGCGGAGGAGGUGGGCUGGGCCCCGAGCCCCCUCGCGGGCGCGGACCUCGAUGCGCACCUCGCGACGUGCAUGGAUGGCCUCAGCUCCGCCUGCGCCGACCAGAGCGGCUUCUCCACCGGGUGCUCGAGCGCCACGACGGCGGACUGGCUGAGCCAGUGCGAGGCGCUGACUGGGUGCGGCGACCUGCAUGCGACGCAGUGCGCCAACGUGUCCGCCGCGGUCUCCCGACCGUGCACCAUCGACUACAGCCAGUCGGGCACCGAGUGGGCCGCGGCCCCGGCGUCGUCCUGCAGCGCGGACGCCUUGCCGAAGGCCUGCUGCAUCCCGCUCGGCGACCUCUGCACGGACGUCGACGGCCUGACGGCCGCGGGCGGCCUGAGCGUGGGGGACAAGCGUGACAUGCGCAAGGUGCUCUGGGGCACCGUUGCCGCCUUCGGCGUGGCCUGGGUCUUCCUGCUCGCCGCGUGGGCCAGCGGCCUGAGCGCGCUGGGGCAGGAGACGACGUGCUGGGUCCAGGACGACCAGAACGACGGCAUCGUGGCGGCCAAGGGCAAGCUCGGGGACAUCGCGAACGGCGCCGGCUACGGGCUCGGCUACGUCAUCGGGGGCUGGGCCCUGCUCAACCCGAUCCUCGCAGUCACGGCGCUCCGCGUCGUGGCCGACGUGAAUGCGGGCCCUCCGAAGAAGGAGGAGGCCAGCGAGGACGGUGCGGCCGAAGCGGCUUUUCGCGACAAGUGCGACGUCGCCUACGUGGCUGAUCGUGCCGAAGCAUGCUGCCAGUAA